GCGUCAACUAUUCAGAACUGUACAUUCAAGAUCACGACCAAGAUCUGAGACGACGGUUCUUUGCUCUAAGAGUAAAUAUUGAAGAAGGGAAGAAGAUGCAAGGCCAAAUGCCCGUUGCCAUUUUUCUUUGCUUGAUAGCUGUAUGGGGUUCCAGCGAAGCCGUAACCGGGAUCUUCGACUGUGACAGCAAUGAUUACCAAUACAAUUCCUGUUGCACGGGAGUCCGAGGUAUUUCAGCCAGCGUGAUGACAAAGAGGUCAAGCGCCGAGUGCAAUAUGGGCAACUCGUUCGCUUUAUAUGGCUGUAAUCUGUGGGUAUACCACGGUUGCAGAGCCCGCUUCUACGUCAACUUCGACUGUCAAAGUAUGAGAACGAUAAGUUCCACUUGUAGUAGCUAUAGUGACCAAUACGCCCAGUGCCCAAUCAGUGGAGUCGUUACAUCCAUGUAUGUGGUCACGAAGCACUCCAGUGCCAGCUGUGUCUACAACACAAGCUUUGGUUUCCUUGGCAACAAGAUCUGGGUAGACAAGGGAUGCAAGGCCACGUUCGCUGUCCACUACUGCGCUGACUCGAGGUGUUGUUAAUCAGUCUACCUUUAGUACUGAAGUCCAUCGUAUUUGAUUACGUUUGAAUUCGUAUUUGAUUAAGUUUGGACUGUAAAGGCCAGUCGAGCAUCUAACUUUCACCUUUCAUUAGCCGCAAGUUGAAAUCUU